AUGGCCGCUCAAGCAGCACCAAACGACCGAACUCCCCUCCUCGACGACACGGAACGUCGUGAGAACAUCAACGAUGACUCCGAGUCCAACUCUGAUAACGGCCACUCCCCUUCAUCAGGCGGAUCGAACCGACUGCGUGAGGUUCUCCUCUUCGUCUGGGCCCUGUUAGCGACUGCUGCCGUGAUCGUCCUCGCGGUGUGGAGCCAGCAUAACCGCCAGACGGGACAUGGAACUGGUCCGACGCCGGAAAAGCGAAACCUCAUCUUCAUGGUCUCCGACGGCAUGGGCCCUGCUUCCUUGUCCCUGACGCGAAGCUUCCGUCAGCACGUCGAGGGUCUUUCCGAGGAUGACACUCUGACGCUUGACAAGCACUUUUGGGGCACCAGCCGCACGCGCUCCUCCAACUCGCUCGUCACCGACAGCGCCGCCGGUGCCACGGCCUUCUCGUGCGGCAAGAAGAGCUACAACGGCGCCAUCUCCAUCACGCCCGAGUACGAGCCCUGCGGCACCGUUCUCGAGGCUGCCAAGAGGGCCGGCUAUGCGACGGGGCUGGUCGUGACCACCGACAUCACCGACGCCACGCCUGCCUGCUUCGCCAGCCAUGUUCUGACCCGCGCCAUGAACGAUGACAUUGCCCUGCAGGAGGUUGGCGAUGGCCCCCUCGGGCGUGUUGUCGACCUGAUGCUUGGCGGUGGCCGCUGCCAUUUCCUGCCCAACGGCACCGCCGACAGCUGUCGCCUAGACGAAACCGAUGUUGUCAAGAUCGCACAGGAGAAGUACAACUGGACGUAUGCGAGCGACCGAGCGGGAUUCGACGCCCUCAAGCUUGGCGAGAACGUUCAGCUGCCGGCCCUUGGCUUGUUUGCCCACUACAAUGUUCCCUUUGAGAUUGACCGCCGCAACCUCGACCACAUUUACCCCAGCUUGACCGAGAUGACCCACACUGCGCUCCGCGCGCUGGAGAAAGAGACGGAGCACAGCGACCACGGCUUCUUCCUCAUGAUUGAAGGCAGCAGGAUUGACCACGCCGGACACAUCAACGAUCCCGCGGCUCAGGUCCACGAGGUUCUGCAGUACGAUGCUGCCUUCCAGGCCGUGCUUGACUUUAUCGAGAAGAGCGAAACCGAAACAAUUCUGGUGGCCACGAGCGAUCACGAGACAGGCGGUCUCGGUACUGCUUUACAGGAGCCUGGACACCUUCCCGUCUAUAACUGGUUCCCCCGCGCCCUUGCCAAGGCCAAUGCUUCGUCCGAGUUCCUGUCCCUGCAGCUUGCCAAGCACAUUGCCGAGAACCCGGGCGAGCACAAGGGAAAUCUCAGGAGCUGGGUCAACGAGACGCUCAUCUACGGCGGUCUCGGCAUCACAGACGUGCACCCUGAAGAGCUCGACACUCUCGUUGAGGCGCCCCUUGCCGCGAUCACAACCUUCGCUGCCAUCAUCAGCCUGCGUGCGCACGUGGGCUGGAGCACGCACGGACAUACGGCCGUCGAUGUCAACAUUUACAGCUCGGGUGGGCGCGACACGGAAAAGAUCCGCGGGAACGUCGAGAACACGGACGUUGGCAAGUUCCUGCGUGACUGGCUCGACCUCGACGUCGCGCCCAUUACCGAAGAGCUCAAGUCCAAGCUCGGCAAGGUGAAUAGGAACGAUCUCGCGGCCAUGGAUGCCGUUUCGGGUAGGCCCGCAGAGGCGGCGGCCGCGGGCGAGGUGCCACAACAUUGGAUGGAACAGCAUAUGCGCGAGGUGGCGGCGAUCUAA